UCAAUACCUGAAAACAGCCAUGGAGUGGAAAAUGCUUCCUGCUCACCUGUUGAUGUUUUGUCUUUUCUUGAUUCAAGUUUCUUCUCAAGAUUUACCAAGCUGUGCAGGGAGAUGUGGGGAAGGGUAUACUAGAGAUGUCGCCUGCAACUGUGAUUAUAACUGUCAAUACUACAUGGAGUGCUGUCCUGAUUACAAGAAAGUCUGCACUGUGGAGCUUUCCUGUAAAGGCCGUUGCUUUGAGUCAUUCGCCAGAGGGAGAGAAUGUGACUGUGAUUCUGCCUGUAAGAAGUAUGGCAAAUGCUGUCCGGAUUAUGAGGCCUUCUGUGAAGAAAUACAUAAUCCAACAACACCACCGCCAUCUCCAAAGACUCCACGGCCAUCUCCAGAAGCUCCUCAAACCGUCAAAACAACAACUAAACGUUCCCCGAAAACUCCUGUGAAGAGGGCCCCUAACAAAGUGGUACAAUCAGAGGAAAUAACAGAAGAACAUUCUGUUUCUGAAAAUCAGGAAUCCUCCUCUUCCUCUUCUUCCUCUUCAACUGUUCGGAAAACCAAGUCUUCUAAAAAUUCAGCUGCUAAUACAGCACCCAAGAAGAAACCCAAAGCUAAAGAUUCAAAGAAGAAGAGAACCCCCAAAGACAAGCCUACUCCAGCACCUCCAGUUGUAGAAGAUGCAGGAAGUGGAUUAGACAAUGCACCUUUCAAGCCCACUGCUGCUCCUGACAAUGAUGUUCCUACCUCCCAGCCCAAUAAAGUCACCACAACAGUCAAAAUGACAACAGCAGCGCCACCAGUAACUCCCAAGGAGAGUAAUAAGGUCACUUCUAAAGAGACAACUACAACAACUGAAAAGGAGACAUCAACAGCUGCUAAAGAGACAUCCGUUGUAACGAAAGAGGUGACUAGUACAGAUAAACAGACCUCAACUACAGAGAAAGAGAUAACUACUUCAGCAAAAGAAACAUUGACUACAGAGACAAUGACAGCUGCUAAAGACCCUAAGCCCACACCCAAGGACUCUGAGCCUACACCUAAGGAACCUAAGCCCACACCUGAGGACCCUAAGCCCACACCCAAAGACCCUAAACCCACACCUGAGGACCCUAAGCCCACACCCAAAGACCCCAAACCCAUACCUGAGGACCCUAAGCCCACACCCAAAGACCCCAAACCUACACCUGAGGACCCUAAGCCCACACCCAAAGACCCCAAACCCACAUCUGAGGACCCUAAGCCCACACCCAAAGACCCCAAACCUACACCUGAGGACCCUAAGCCCACACCCAAAGACCCCAAACCCACACCUGAGGACCCUAAGCCCACACCCAAAGACCCCAAACCUACACCUGAGGACCCUAAACCCACACCUGAGAAUUCUAAGCCCACACCCGAAGACCCCAAAUCUACACCUGAGGACCCUAAGCCCACACCCAAAGACCCCAAACCCACAUCUGAGGACCCUAAACCCACACCCAAAGACCCCAAACCUACACCUGAGGACCCUAAGCCCACACCCAAAGACCCCAAACCUACACCUGAGGACCCUAAACCCACACCUGAGAAUUCUAAGCCCACACCAGAGAACCCUAAGCCCACACCCAAAGACCCCAAAUCUACACCUGAGGACCCUAAGCCUACACCCAAAGAUCCUAAAGCUACACCUGAGGACCCUAAGCCUACACCCAAAGAUCCUAAAGCUACACCUGAGGACCCUAAGCCUACACCCAAAGACCCCAAAGCUACACCCAAGGACUCUGAGCCCACACCUGAGGACCCUGCACUCUUCCCCAAAGACACAACUUCUGCACCUACUACACCUGAAGUGACUACAAUUGCUAAGGAUAAAGUAACUGAAAAAGAUAUGCCUACUACUCCAGAAAUUACAACUGACCCACCUAAGGAGACAAGUACAACCACUAAAGUGACAACAAGAUCAGUCAGUUCACCCAAAGUGACAACUAAAGUGACAACUACUACAGCUAAAGCAACAACUACUGCCACCAAAGUGACGACUACUACUGCUAAAGAGACAACUACCAAAGCUGAAGAAACAACUACUUUAUCAGAUGAUAAAACCCCUCCUCCUAAAGUGACAACUCCUACACCUGAAAAGCCAACUCCUAAAGUGACAACUACUGCCCCUAAAGUGACAACUACCACAACCAAAGAGACAACUACCACAACCAAAGAAACAACUGCAGUACCAGAGGAGACUACAACUGCCCCCAAAGUGACACCUAAGCCUAAAACAACUACUACUGCCCCUAAAGUGACAACUACCACAACCAAAGAGACAACUACCACAACCAAAGAAACAACUGCAGUACCAGAGGAGACUACAACUGCCCCCAAAGUGACACCUAAGCCUAAAACAACUACUACUGCCCCUAAAGUGACAACUACCACAACCAAAGAGACAACUUCUGUACCAGAGGAGACUACAACUGCCCCCAAAGUGACACCUAAGCCUAAAACAACAACUGCCCCUAAAGCAACAACUACCACAACCAAAGAGACAACUACCACAACCAAAGAAACAACUGCAGUACCAGAGGAGACUACAACUGCCCCCAAAGUGACACCUAAGCCUAAAACAACAACUACUGCCCCUAAAGAGACAACUACCACAACCAAAGUGACAACUACAACAACCAAAGAGACAACUGCUGUACCAGAGGAGACUACAACUGCCCCCAAAGUAACACCUAAGCCUAAAACAACAACUACUGCCCCUAAAGAGACAACUACCACAACCAAAGUGACAACUACCACAACCAAAGAGACAACUGCUGUACCAGAGGAGACUACAACUGCCCCCAAAGUAACACCUAAGCCUAAAACAACAACUACUGCCCCUAAAGUGACAACUACCACAACCAAAGAGACAACUUCUGUACCAGAGGAGACUACAACUGCCCCCAAAGUGACACCUAGGCCUAAAACAACUAUUGCCCCUAAAGUGACAACACCUAAACCAAAAAAGACCACCACGACAACAAAAGAGACAACCACAAAAGCUAAGGAAACAACCGCUGUAACAAAAGACAGAACUACUCCUUUGGUUCCAACACCUGACCCUAAAGUGACAAACAAGAAGACUACAUCUGCACCUAAGGAACCAGUAACUACACCUAAAAUCACAACUACAAGUGAAAAGACAUCAGCAGUAACUGAACCAAACUCUACACCAUUGCCUGAUUCUAUCCUUCAAACCAUUCCUGGAUCCAACAUAAGGCCAAACUCAGAAAUAACAACCUCUCUUCCUAAAAAAGAAGUCACUCCAAAUAAUGAAGAUUUAAAUAUUUUUGAGCAGGAGAAGCCUUACCUGAAUCCUAGGCCUCAUGUAGUUAUUCCAGUUCCAGGUUCUAGCAUCUAUGUGGGAAGACCCAGUCAAGGCAUUAGUAACACUCCAAUGUAUUCAGAUGAGACUAACUUAUGCAAUGGGAAGCCAGUAGAUGGACUGACUACUUUGCGCAAUGGGACACUGGCCGCAUUUCGAGGUCAUUAUUUCUGGUUAUUGAAUCCACACACUCCACCAUCACCAGCUCGGAGAAUUACUGAUGUUUGGGGCAUCCCUUCUCCCAUCGACACUGUCUUUACAAGAUGUAACUGCGAAGGAAAAACUUACUUCUUUAAGAAUUCUCAGUUCUGGAGGUUCACCAAUGAUGUAAAAGAUCCGGGUUAUCCUAAACCAAUUGUCAAGGGAUUUGGAGGUCUAAAUGGAAAAAUAGUGGCAGCUCUAUCAGUAGCAAAAUACAAAAACAGACCGGAAUCUGUGUAUUUUUUCAAGAAAGGUGGCACCAUUCAACAGUAUGUUUACCAACAGGAGCCAGUUAAAAAGUGUUCUGGAAGAAGAUCCACUAUAAACUAUUCCGUUUAUGGAGAACCCACUCAAGUCAGGAGGCGUCGCUUUGAGCGAGCUAUCAUUCCCUCCCAAACACAUACCAUUAGAAUAAGUUAUUCACCUGCCAGAGUCACUUAUCAAAAAGGUUUCCUUCAUAAUGAAGUUAAAGUGAAUACAGUUUGGAGAGGCCUUCCAAACAUGGUUACCUCAGCUAUAGCACUGCCUAACAUGAGAAAACCUGAUGGCUAUGAUUACUAUGCCUUUUCUAAAGAUCGCUAUUAUAACAUUGAUGUGCCUAGGAGAACAGCAAACUUAAUCACCACCCGUUCCGGACAGACAUUAUCUAAUGCCUGGUAUAAAUGUCCUUAAAUAAGAUUUCAAAAGAAGAUAUGAAAAACUUAACAUUUUGACAUGGAAA